CUCACGUAUUUACAUAUUCAUACCCAUGCCACUGUGCGCAUUUGCAUUUGAGUGUUUAUGUGCAUGUAACUGAAUUCGAAUAUGUAGUGGAUGUUGGCCCACGCGGUACUUCAUAAAAUUGGGUUCUGAGUUUAACAAAAAAAAAAAAUUUAUAAGUUUUAGAAAAUAUUAUUGAUUUAUACGCUAGUGUUUACUUGUGUACUAAUGGCUAAAGCAAAGUUAUUCAGACGAACGGCUGCAGUCGGUGCAAUGGCAGCGCUAGUGGCGGCUUGGGCUAGCCUAUUACAACGGCGCACCCCUCCUAACGUCUCUGUUGUCGGUGGCAAAGAAGGACGUCUAAAGUCAGUGUGCCCUGCGGCGAAGGCAAAAUCAAAACAAACAAAUAUGAGGACCAACCAAUUGGUAAUAAUUCGGCAUGGCGAGAGCGAGUGGAAUAAGAUGAACCUCUUUUGUGGAUGGCACGAUGCGGAUUUGAGUGAACAAGGUGCUAAGGAUGCUGUCAAUAUUUCAGCCACGGCAUUGCGUGAAAGCAAUCUAAAAUUCGAUAUAGCCUACUCAUCGGCUUUAUCACGCGCUAAGCAAUCACUCAGUAUUGUAUUGAAAGAAUUGAAUCUCUGCGACUUGGAAGUUGUAAGUGAUUGGCAUUUAAAUGAGCGACACUAUGGAAAUUUAACAGGUUUCAAUAAACGUGACAUGGCAGACAAAUACGGCGAGGAACAGGUGCAGUUAUGGCGCCGCAAAUUUGACGUUCUACCCCCACCCAUCACAUCGGACAACCCAUAUUACAAGAGCAUACGGAACAAUCCAAACUUUAAAAAUAUACCAGAGGCAGAAUUCCCAGACACAGAGUCGCUGAAAGUGCUGAUGCAACGUGUCAUACCAUACUUUGACAACGUCAUAUUCAAGCAAGUGCUGGCCGGUAAGCGGGUUCUUAUCGUGGCACAUGGCACAGUGGCGCGUGCAUUAAUCAAACACAUCGACAAAGUAUCUGAUGAAAAUAUAUCCACCGUGAAUGUGCCGAAUAGCAUCCCUUGCGUAUUUGAAUUCAAUAUGGAAAACGGCGAAAAAGUCGGUAAUACAACAUUUUUGGCAGAUGAAAAUUUCUUAAACGAACAAAUACAGAAGACCGCAUCAAUUGGACAAUCAAAUAUGAAAUAGAUUAGAGUACAAAUUAUAUAUUUAUGUAACAAACUGUUAGGCACACAAAUUAUAUAUUUAUGUAAAAAAUUGCGAAAAGAGACUUUUAAGUUAAUGUAAAAUUAAACUGUAAUAUAAUCGUAACUGUUUGUGUAUGAUAUUUGCCUAAAUAUAUUGUAUAUACAUGUAAAUGUGAAUGUGUGUAGCAUAACUUGCAUUGGAUAUUUAAUUGUGUAAAUUUUAGUGAUUUGUGAGAGAACAAUAAAUUUUAUGAUGCUUUUGUAUAAAUGUAAAUUUAAAUUUAAAUGGAAAUGUAAAUAUAAAUAUAAAUAAAAAGGUAAACUAUUUUUAAGCA